GACCGAUCUAUGUAAUUAAUGUUUAGCAUCGUUUAUGAAACAGAGUUCGGCGUACACAGCUCCCAAUCCCACCAUGCAACAGUGAGCUAGCGGCGGCAGCUAGCCACCACAUUUGACCCUCCGUGUGCCAUGAUGAACUAGACAUCCGGGCUGCGUGAAUGGAAGAUGGCGACACUUAUCCUCCCUUGCGAAUGGAUCAAAAACUGGGAAAAAUCAGGAAAACACGAGUUUGUACAGCUCUGCAAGGACCUCACAGAAAAAGACGAUCAUGGAAGGGAAAUUAGAGCAGACAUGCAGACCGCCCUCUAUGAGCUCUGCUGCCACGUCGUCCAAGGAAACCUGAAGAUGGACCUUGUCGCUAAUGUCCUCGGGGAGAUGAUGGAAUUCAGAGACGACAUGCCAUCGAUUUUAGCAGAUGUAUUCAGUAUUCUAGAUAUUGAGACUGGUGCACUGGAAGAAAAAAACAAACGGGACCAUUACACUCACCUGGUGGGAGCCUGUUUGUGUUUUGUACCAGAGGCCAUCCUGAAAGAGAGGCUGGAUCCAGAAACCCUCGAGUCUCUCGGCCUGAUCAAACAAGCCCAUCAGUUUAAUCAGAAGAUCGUAAAAAUCAAGACUAAACUAUUUUACAAGCAGCAGAAGUUUAAUUUGCUAAGGGAGGAGAACGAGGGCUAUGCCAAAUUAAUAACCGAGCUUGGUCAAGACCUGUCGGGCAACAUCACCAGCCACCUGGUCCUGGAGAACAUCAAGUCCCUCAUAGGCUGCUUCAACCUGGACCCUAAUCGAGUUUUGGACAUCAUUUUGGAGGUGUAUGAGAGUCGGUCUGAUCAAGAUGAGUUCUUCCUGUCCCUCAUCAAGUCCUACAUGUGUGAACCCCUCACUCUUUGUCACAUAUUGGGUUUUAAAUUUAAGUUUUAUCAGGAGCCCAAUGAAGAAACCCCAAAGUCCCUUUACCACAUUGCUGCCGCUCUGCUUCACCACAACCUGAUUGAGCUGGAGGAUCUCUACGUACAUCUCAUGCCACUAGAUGCCUCCAUCGUCGAGGAGCACAAGCGCGACAUCUCGGAGGCCAAGCAGAUCGCUCGCAAGCUGGUGAUGGUGGUGUUGCCCUCGGAGAAGAGUGAAGACAAGGAAAAGGAGAAAGAGAAGGAUGAAGAAAAGAACGACAAGCCUCCCGAUAACCAGAAGCUGGGUCUUUUGGAGGCGCUGCUCCGGAUCGGGGACUGGCACCACGCCCAGAGCAUCAUGGACCAGAUGCCUUCUUUUUACGCCACUUCUCACAAGGCCAUCGCGCUGGCCCUGUGCCAGCUGGUGCACCUCACCGUGGAGCCCGUCUACAGGAGAGCCGGGGUUCCCAAAGGGGCCAGGGGCUCCUCCCUGCACCCGCUGAGGAACAAACGAGCCCCCCGGCCCGCCGAGACGUUCGAGGACCUGCGCAGAGACACGUUCAGCAUGCUGGGCUACCUGGGCCCGCACCUCUCCCACGACCCCAUCCUCUUUGCCAAGAUCGUGCGUCUCGGUAAAGGCUUCAUGAAAGAGUACCAGAGUGAUGCAAAACCUGAGGUCAAGGACAAGAUGGAAAUACUGCUGAGCUGUUUCCUGAGCAUUGCAGACCAGGUGCUGCUCCCCUCUCUGUCCCUGAUGGAGUGCAACGCCUGCAUGUCUGAGGAACUCUGGGGUCUCUUCAAGCUCUUCCCCUACCAGCACAGGUACCGGUUGUACGGACAGUGGAAGAAUGAGACCUAUUCCAGCCAUCCUCUGUUGGUUAAAGUCAAAGCUCAGACAGUGGAGAGGGCCAAAUACAUUAUGAAGCGUCUGACCAAAGAGAAUGUGAAACAGUCUGGAAGGCAGAUUGGCAAGCUGAGCCACAGCAAUCCCACAAUCCUCUUUGAUUAUAUGCUGUCUCAGAUCCAGUGGUACGACAACCUCAUUGUCCCAGUGGUGGAUUCCUUGAAAUACCUCACAUCCCUCAACUAUGACGUCUUGGCCUAUUGCAUCAUCGAGGCUCUGGCCAAUCCAGAGAAGGAGAAGAUGAAACACGACGAUACUACCAUCUCCUCUUGGCUCCAGAGCCUGGCGAGUUUGUGCGGAGCCGUGUUCAGGAAAUACCCCAUCGAGUUGGCCGGCCUCCUCCAGUAUGUCACUAAUCAGCUAAAGGCUGGAAAGAGUUUUGACCUGCUGAUCCUAAAAGAGGUGGUGCAAAAGAUGGCUGGCAUUGAGAUCACGGAUGAGAUGACCUCAGAGCAGUUGGAGGCCAUGACUGGAGGAGAGCAGCUAAAAGCUGAGGGCGGGUACUUCGGCCAGAUCAGGAACACUAAGAAGUCCUCUCAGCGUUUGAAGGACGCCCUGCUGGACCACGAACUGGCCCUGCCCCUCUGUUUACUCAUGGCUCAGCAACGGAACGGGGUGGUGUUUUUGGAAGGAGGAGAGAAACAUCUCAAACUCGUAGGGCACCUUUACGACCAGUGUCAUGACACGCUGGUGCAGUUUGGUGGAUUUUUAGCCUCAAAUCUCAGCACAGAGGACUACAUCAAGCGAGUCCCCUCCAUAGACAUCCUUUGUAACCAGUUCCACACUCCACACGAUGCCGCCUUCUUCCUGUCUCGGCCGAUGUACGCCCAUCAGAUUCUGUCGAAGUACGACGAGCUGAAGAAGGCAGAAAAAGGCAACCGGCAGCAGCAGAAGGCGCACAAGUACGUGUCGGCCUGCGAGCAGGUGAUGACGUCCGUGCACGAGGCCGUGGUGUCCCUCCACCCGGCCCGGGUCUGGGACGACCUGCGCCCCCAGUUCUACGCCACCUUCUGGUCUCUCACCAUGUACGACCUGGCAGUGCCGCACACCGCCUACGACCGCGAGGUCAACAAGCUCAAGGUCCAGAUCAAAGCCAUCGAGGAGAACCCAGAGAUACCCUUAAAUAAGAAAAAGAAGGAGAAGGAACGCUGCACCGCCCUGCAGGAAAAGCUACAGGAGGAGGAGAAGAAGCAGCUGGAGCACGUCCAAAGAGUUCUGCACCGCCUCAAGCUGGAGAAGGACAACUGGUUGUUGGCCAAAUCCACGAAGAACGAGACCAUCACCAAGUUCCUGCAGCUGUGCCUGUUCCCCCGCUGCAUCUUCUCCUCCAUCGACGCCGUGUACUGCGCCCGCUUCGUGGAGCUGGUCCACCAGCAGAAGACGCCCAAUUUCUGCACCCUCCUGUGCUACGACAGGGUGUUCUCCGCCAUCAUCUACACGGUGGCCAGCUGCACGGAGAACGAGUCCCAUCGCUACGGGCGCUUCCUGUGCUGCAUGCUGGAGACGGUGACGCGCUGGCACAGCGACCGCGCCGUCUACGAGAAGGAGUGUGUCAAUUACCCCGGUUUCCUGACCAUCUUCAGAGCCACCGGGUUUGACGGAGGAAACAAAGUGGACCAGCUGGACUAUGAGAACUUCAGGCACGUGGUGCAUAAAUGGCACUACAUGCUGACUAAAGCCUCCGUUCACUGCCUGGAGACGGGAGACUACACGCACAUCCGGAACAUCCUGAUCGUGCUCACCAAGAUCCUGCCCUGCUACCCCAAGGUCCUCAACCUGGGCCAGGCGCUGGAGUGCAGAGUCCACAAGAUCUGCCUGGAGGAGAAGGACAAGAGGCCAGACCUCUAUGCCUUAGCUAUGGGUUAUUCAGGUCGCUUGAAAAGCCAGAAGGUGCACAUGGUCCCCGAGAACGAGUUUCACCACAAGGACCAGCCAACCCGCAGUGCCACGCCCGCCGGGCAGCAGAACGGCCCCGUUAGCGCCGGGAAACCGGCCGCCGGCGCCAGCAAGGCCGACGACGGCGCCUCGGAGGACGGAGAUCGAGUUAAAGAUAAAUCCCAAGGGACCACAAAGCCAGUGAACAAAGCCAACAGUGCAGCAGCCAAAGUGACCACCAGCAACGGGAACGGCGCCCUCAGCAGCACCAAAGCUGUCAAAGAGCGGGACGACAAAGAGAAGAGUGGGAAGGAGAAAAAAGAGAAAAAGGAAAAGACACCGGGCAGCACGCCGGAGACAAAGGCAGAGACCCGGCGGGAGAAGCAGAGAGAUGAGAGAGCAAUGAAGGAGGAGCGGGUGGCGCGAGAGGGUAAGGAGAAGACCCCCAAGGCAGACAGGGAGAAACUGAAGCUGGAAGAGAAGGCCGGCAAAGACGACAAGGCCAAAGCCGGAAACGGGGAGCCGAUGGAUCCGUCCAGGGAGCGAGACGCCAUUAAGGAGUCCAAGAGCAAGGAGAAAGGAGACAGGAGUGCAGCGGCCGGGUCCAUCAAGUCACCGGUUCCCAGAUCGGAGUCCGCUGAGUCUGAGAGGGAUCACAAAAGGCGAAAGCUCGACAGUCACCCUUCCCCGUCCCACUCCUCGUCUGUUAAGGACAAUAGCAACGAACCCAAGGAGUCCACAUCCAAGUACCACAUCAACUUUAAUUCAAUUGCCCGGUCCAAGAGCAGAGAGAGGGAAAUGGAGAAGAAAGAGGCAGAGAACACACAGGGCAGAUCGAAAGAGAAGAAGGAAGAAAAGGAACGAAAAGAAAGGAAAAGAGACUACAUCAUCAACGACCACGACCUGAGCCAGGAGCUGAAGCGCCGGAAGGACGAGAACGGCACCAUCUUCAAAAACAGCAAGAGCUCGAGCCCGUCCUGCGACUCUCCGGUGCUGGGCGAGAAGGAGAAGAGCAAACGGUGCAAGUCCUCCAACAAAGAGAAGGCCGACUCGGCCAAGCCCGAGCGCACGUCCUCCGGAGGGAAAAAGGAGUCCAGACACGAUAAAGACAAGUCUGAAAAGAGGGAGAAGAGGGAGAGCAGUGGGGGGAAAGAAGAGAAAAAGCAUCAUAAAUCUUCCGACAAGCACAGAUAAUGUGCGCUAGUCAGUGAAGCAGAACUAAAGAAGCUUUUAUCUGCGAGGCCCCGGCAACUCCAUCUCAGCUCCGUUGUUGACUCUCGUAAUGUUUUGGGUCUUUUUUUUCCAUUUUUUUUUUCAAGUAUUUUUUUUUUUUUUUUUUUUUUUCUCCUUUCAGGCAGUAAACAGUUUUUCUUCAUCAUUAUUAUUAUUAUUAUUAUUAUUCAGUAUGAGCACAACGUGCUGGCGUAAUCACAGUGUUAUUCUUUCUUUAGAGAUGUGGUUACUGUAUGAAAUGAUCUCCCAGCAUCUGGUCAUGGAUUCACUCAUUGUAAUGCUUGAAAAUGUUCAUUUUUUUCUUCUUUUUUUUUGUAACUUUACCAGGUCUUUGUUUUGUCGCUCGUUUUUUUUUUUGGAGUUAACAAGCUUUCCAUACCCACUUACCUCAUAUCCUUUUGAGACGCGUAGUUAUUUUUUAUUUUUCCUCCUUUUAAUCCGCGUAAAAACAGUCGGCUUAAACCAGAAAACGAUUACAAAGGACCAGUUUGUAUAUUCUGUACAAUAUUAAAGAGGGUAACAUGAAAUUUACAUCAUGUUAAUUUUUUUUUUCUUUUUCUCUUUUUUGGAUGUCCCAUACAGUUCUUCUGUGUAUUUUUUUUUCUCUCCUUGUGUUGAUCAGGUUUUUACAUAAUUUAUAAAUGUCAGUUCAAUCUCAAUUCAAAUGUAGAAUUGUAAAGAGAAAAAAAAAAAAGGCUUAAAGAGGUUCUGAUGCUCUGUACUCCAAAUACAACUGUUUUGAAAAUGACCUUUGGAGAUUUUAUCUGCUGUACUCAAUGAGUGUAAGCUUUUUUUAAGAAACAAAAAAAAAAAGAAAGAAAAACAAGCCAAUAAAUAAUAGUUUUCCUAGUGUGUCACUUUGAUAUGGUCUCCACUUCUUUCUUGAUUUUUUUUUCAUUUGCAUGAA